AUGGAGGAAAUAGCGGAAGAAAAGAACGACAGUUGCGCGCCAAAACGGCCCUCUUUGAAAGUUUCUUUACCUGUUGAGCUGUAUUACAAGCAGUUGAGGUUGCAGAAGUGCUUGACAGGAGUUAUGCUUACUCCCCCGCCCUCUCCAGUAUUUUCCACUAUCGCUGGUAAAGGUGGCACUUUAGUGCAAUCGAACCCAAAGAGGAAACUUGAAAAUAGCGACAAUUAUAAUAUGGAAAGGAUAAAAUUGACGAAAAGUAAAAACAAGAAAACUAUCCCAGAUAAUGAUGAAACGAUGGAUAUGAAAAUGGAUUCAACGAAUGAUAAAGAA